CACACAUACGUCUUGUUUCUCACCAGCAGAGACGGUUCAGUUACACAGCGAGCAAGACAGAAGACAAGCGACCACCGGCAGCCACUUUUUGAAGAAGACAAAAAGCGCAGCCAUGGCGAAAGGAUGCAUCACCGUCACAAAGUACUUCCUAUUUCUCUUCAACCUCCUCUUCUUUAUCUUUGGAGCACUGAUCAUGGGUUUUGGACUGUGGGUUCUCUUCGAUAACCAGAGUUUCAUUGCUGUUCUACAGGAAUCAUCAGACACAGUGAAAGUGGCUUCCUACAUACUCAUCGGAGUGGGUUCCUUGUCAAUGGCCAUGGGCUUCUUCGGCUGCAUCGGAGCCAUCUAUGAAAUUCGUUGUUUGCUGGGUCUGUACUUCACCUGCCUCCUGCUGAUCCUCAUCGCCCAGGUGACAGCUGGAGUCCUCAUUUACUUCCAGAGAGAUCGAUUGAAAAAUGAGAUGUCCACCAUCAUAAAGGGAAUGAUAAUCAACUACACAGGCCAGAACAGGACGACAGAGCACACCUGGGACUAUGUUCAGAAGACGAUGAAGUGCUGCGGAUGGUAUGGUCCAGGCAACUGGUCAGAGAACAUUAUGAUCAAGAACAGCUCCCAGUACCUCUACUCAUGCUCCUGUCGCAACGAGGACGUGCCUGGUAGUGAGGUCAAGUCUGUGGGCCUGUGUGAGCAUCUGUCCCCGGAAACACCUGUCUAUGAAACGGGCUGUAUAACCAGCGUGGAGAAAUGGCUCCUGGAAAACUGUGGAGUUAUUCUGGGAAUCUGUGUCGGUGUGGCAGUCGUGGAGCUACUCGGGAUGAUCCUCUCCAUGUGUCUGUGCAAGAGUGUCGUCCAGGAGGAUUAUAGCAAAGUACCAAAGUACUGAGCUGAAGACAGAUCUAGCUUCACACCACACACGGAUUGAUGGACUCUUUCUCUCGCUCUCCUUGUCUCACACUCUUAUGUACACACACACACAAAUUAAGACAGCUGUCUCCACCAUUUGAGCUUCUCCUGCCGUGACAGCUGUGCAAAUUUCUCACGCCCCAUAUGUCCCCUACACACACGCACACACACACAAACACACACCUUUCAAUCAAACUUGACACACUUGUUGGACAUAGUUCACAAGUUUACAUAGUUGUCUUAUCCUUUAUUCUGUUUUUAAGGAGAUACUUAUAAUUAUGUUUAUUUGAUAUGUUUUGGUCGAAACCUAUGCAAAUGUUCAUAUAAGAAAAGAUUCUUGGUGUAUUUUUGUUUUCCUUCGCUGACCUCAAUGAAGCGCUUAAUGUAGUAUUAGAGAGAGCACUUUAGUGACAUUUGGUGAGCUGAGAGCAGCAGCAUCUUCUGACUCCAGGGCAGGGAGAUGAGAGGGAGAUGGGAGGGUAUGGGUGGGUGUGUGGUAGAUGCUCAAAAGCAUUAAUCCCACUCUGUGAUCCUGCAGAUUUUAUUUUUGGUACAGAGGGUGGAGGAGAGGCCCCCGGGUGAGCCAGGGCAGGGCUGCUGUGGUGGAGGUUUUGGCUUCUGUCAUCAACUCCAUGUACCCAGCAGCCCUGAUAUUAGUUUACACCCACCUCCACCCCCCACCACCCCACUAUCCAUUAUCGUGUCUCUAAAUCACAUCUCUGUCUUGCUCUCGGGUGUGUCUGACUGGUAACCAGUGGCUUCCAAAAUGACUAGUUCAGCAUGAAGUAAGUGUGUGUAUGAUGUGUUGAGUGAAUAUUUUAUUUCUUUUUUUAGAUUCUCAUCAUGUCAUCUCUGGGGUUUUUUUACAAGUGUAUAUACAGUAUGUCUUUAGGGGAUUAUGGCACUUAUGUGCUUAGUCAGCGUUUUAUAUGGGAAAGCAGUCACCCACAGGCUCUUGUUUUAAGAGUCCUAUUGUUCUUCACUUCCUCUCUAUUGUUUAUGAUGUAUAGUAUGUGGCUGCCACAGCAGCUCGUCAGCACUAUUUGGUCUGAAUCAGAUUAAUUGGACCCGUUAGAGUGAAUCUGUCGUCACUCUUGAAGCUGUAGUUUAUUUGUUUUAGCAUCUAUCCCAAAGCAUGACUUUAUGAACAGAAGAUAACCUGUCAACUUUAUUUAAGGUCCUCACAACUGCCUUCAUUUUGAAAAAUGUUUUUUGCCAUCAUGGCAGUAACGUAAAAUGGCAGCUGUGUGACCACAGUGUAUUUUCUCCUUUCUGCAUGUCAUGUUUUCUGAGAAAGUUAUUUUAACUUGUUUAUUAUCGGUAACAAGAAUAGAGACAAACAUUGAAAGCUACUUCCUAUACCCAUGUGAGCAAUCAACUCAUGCUAUCUUUGCUAAAAUUGUUCUAGAAAAGUUUUAAAUGUUGCUUUGAGUUUCCUCACCCCACUUUUUAUCCAUCUCAUCAUCUCAGUCGUUCUUCAUUUCAAACACACUACUAUGGCUGAAUUUACAGCUAAUUAAGUGGGUAGCUGGCACUUUUAUGUGGUUUUGUAUUGUUGUCAUGCCAUUUCACACAAGUCCUUUCAAAUCAUGUUCAUCAUGUUGCAAUUACACCAGAGGGAGGAAACUGCCCAUUUAGAAAAAAAGAAAAGAAAAAGAAAAACUGUUGUGUCUGUCAGAGCUCCAAAUAGAAACAUUAAUUUAACUUUUUGAGAGAUGAAGGCUUUUGUUGUGUUUUAAAAAUAUUUUGUACACUUUUACAACAUGAUUAUGUUUAGUAUAAAAAUAAAUGUCCAUGGACCUUUUAAGCCAUGUUUGGAAAACAGAUUGUUUUUUUUAUUAUUGAGAACUAUUAAUAAAACUGAACCCA